AUGCUCACCACGGCCCCCCGCCUGCGCAUCCGCCGCCCCUCGCCCACAACCGCCGAGUUCACCGUCACCACGCUCCCGCCGCGGACGCUGCCCCUGCGCCUCCUCUGGCUGCUGCUCCUCGCCCUGCGCGUCUCCCUCUCCCUCGUCGCGCUGCUCAUCCUCUACGCGCGCUGGCUGUCGCCGCCGCCGCCGCUGCUCUCGCUGGACCGCCUCGUCUUCGCGCUCGACGCCUUCCAAACCACCCCCGCCGGAACGCUGCUUGCCCGCAUAGCGGCCUCCGUGUCGCUGCCUCUGCUGCUGCCCGUCGCGGCGGCGGUGUUUUACGCGCUGAGCCUGCGGGUGCAUCGGGAAGAGAGCUUGCUGGUGCUUCGGGGCCUGGGCGUGCAGACGAGCGAGAGCCCCGCGACGUACCUCGCCGGCGCGGCGACGCGCUUCAUCCCGACGGAGAAGAUCCAGGACAUCCUCGUGAACGAGGCGUUCCUGGGCUUCGAGGUCAGGUAUUACCUCGUCGUGGUGGUCGAGGGGGAGGAGGACGUCGUGGUUGUGUUUCCGGGCUUGUUGCCCAGGCGGAGGAUCGUGGAGACGGUGUGGAGGGGGGUGAGGGAGUGUUUGUAUGAGGGGAGGGGGGAGGAGAGGAUUGAUAAGUCGGGGAGUUGA